AAUCUAAUUAUUUGAUAUACAGUACAAAAGUGAUCAAUAAUAUUGAUUGUUGUGUUGAUUGUAUUGAAAGCAAUAUAACUGUCACUGUAUUUAAGACAAUAGUACACACAAUUGUCACAGACAAUGAGAUAUAACACAUGUUCACCACUUUUAGUCUUCAUAUUAAGUAUAUAUGCAUUAAAUAAAUGCAACGCUCAGUGGAAAGAGUUUAAGGACACAGUGUUGGGCACCGGAUGUCUCAUCACAAUCACACCCAAACUCACCACCGAUUGUCUUCAGGCCUAUGACAACGAACUCAACGCCAGAUUCAAACAGGACAGGGAUGAGAAGGUGCUGUGCUGUGCGUAUCUGUCGCUCGAGUCCUGUGUAGUGAAGAUCGCGGAGAAAGAGUGCAAUAAAGAGGGAGAAGGAGUGGCCAAAAGUUUCCUCAAAACUAUCAAUCGUAGCAUUACUUCAGAUGAUUGUAUUGAUUACGGACUCAUGGCGUGUAUCGCAUGGACUCCUGUGGCCAUCGGUGGUGCGCUCGCACUCGUCAUACUUUUGCUCCUGUCGUCCAUUUGUUGGCUAUUGGUGUCGAUGAAGCGAAUAAUUACUAUAUCCAGAAUAUUUAAUUAA